UGUUCUCUCUUUUCUCUAUCUAUCUAUCUAUCUAUCUAUCCCUUUCAUUUCUCUUCUCCAUAGUAUGUAUCUAUAUAUAGUCCCAUCUUUCCUCCAUUUCUUAUACUGUUCUCCAUAAUGCCCUGUGACAUACACUGCUAUCAUAGUCCAUAGCUGCCCAACCCCAUUUUCUGUCCUUCCUUUCUUCUUAAUACCAUUUUGUUUGUUUUUUUCUUUCUUCUUUUCUCACCCCCUUCUCAAAAUUCAAACAAGAGAAAAAAAUGGGUGAGAAAGAUGAUGAAUUUAGUUUGGGUUUAAGCUUGAGUUUAGGAUUUGGAGAAUAUGCAAAUAACAACAACCAAACUCCUUUGAAGGUGAGUCACAUGCACAAGCCUCCUCAAACGGUUACAAACCAAAGGGUUUCAUUCAAUAACUUGUUCCAUUUUCAUGAUCUAAGCACUGAAACGAGGUCGUUUCUCCGCGGAAUAGACGGCAACACUCCACUACCAUCAACGGCGGCGACGGCCGCCGCAUUCGACGAUGAAAACGGAGUUUCAUCACCGAACAGCACUGUGUCAAGCAUCAGUGGAAAGAGAAGUGAAAGAGAAGGAAACGGAGAUGAAAACGACGCUGUUGAAAGGGGUUCAUGUUCUCGCGGCGGCGGAAGUGAUGAUGAUGACGGUGGAGGUUGCGGCGGCGACGGUGAUUCGUCGAGGAAGAAGCUGAGGUUGUCGAAGGAGCAGUCAAUGUUGUUGGAAGAAACUUUCAAGGAGCAUAAUACUCUGAAUCCGAAACAAAAGCAAGCAUUGGCAAAGCAGUUGAAUCUGAAGCCAAGACAAGUUGAGGUGUGGUUUCAAAACAGAAGAGCAAGGACCAAGUUGAAGCAAACUGAAGUGGAUUGUGAGUACUUGAAGAGAUGCUGUGAGACUCUAACUGAUGAGAAUAGGAGGUUGCAAAAGGAAGUGCAAGAGCUUAGGGCAUUGAAGUUAUCUCCACAACUCUACAUGCAAAUGAAUCCUCCCACCACUCUCACAAUGUGCCCUUCGUGUGAGCGUGUUGCCGUGUCAUCCGCAUCCUCCUCAUCAGCAGCUGCUGCUCCUCCCUCUGCUUCAGCCAACCCGUCCGGCCCAAGUGUUCAACGGCCAACACCUGUCAACCCUUGGGCAUCAAUGUCCAUCCAAAAUCGUUCCCGACCAUGAGUAUUCACUCCAGAUCCUAGAAGUAGGGUAAUGUAGGCAGGGAAAUUUAGAUGCUAGACAAAUGUGCAUGUUUGGAUUCACGGUGAGUUUGUAGCUUUUGUAGAAUCACGGCAAACUCGUAGUGAUUUUGACAAACUCACCUUGAUACCAAACAUACACAAAAAUGAAUCAAUUUUAUUGUGCACUUUACUUUAGUGUUGGUUAACUUUUAAGUCUAGCCUUUUCUUAUUUUGGGUCUAGAGAACAUGUUUUACUCAACUUUAGAGUGUGUAAAGUUUGAAAAUGUUAAAGUAGGUUGUGUUUUCAUAUGCUGAAUAGUUUUUAAAUUUAUUAACCUUGAAAGGAUGAAAAAGGAGAAUCCGAAUCUCUUAAAUAUAUAUUUUUUCA